AUGGUCACCAAAAGAAACAGCAGCAAUCAUGCCUGGAACAACUUGCCAUCUCCAAUAUUGUGCAAUAUAUUGCAUUAUGCACAGCACUCAAGCAAUCUGAUGCUAGAAAGCAACGCGUCCGUGAUCAGUGCAUGCCAGCUGGUAUGUAAAGGCUGGAGUCAAGCAGCUCAAAAUGCUCUCUACAAACAAGUUCAUUUAGGGUCCAAUACGCUGCGCUUCCUCAACACUCUCAUUAAUGCAAAAGAGCUCGGAGGUUUUGUCAAAAUCUUGGUUAUUGAAGAAAGUAUGCUUGAUCUUGGUGACAUUUUUGAUCUCUUGGAAGACAUCUUUACUCAUUGCCCAAACAUUGAAGAACUGUAUUCUUUUGAACAAGCUGUCAAAAACGAUAUUUGGACUUACGUGAACUCUGUAAGAAAAGUGCCUCAGCAUCUAAAGACAUUCACUACAACUACUUCUGAUGCUGCCAAUUCGCCUUUAUACUCACCUAUGGCUAUACGCUUUGAAGACACGUUGACUCGAUUGCAACUAUGUUUCAAUACAGCACGGGUAAACAACAUUGAACAAGUCUAUUAUUCUUUGCUGUCAAAACGAUUGGGCCACUUUGCAUUUCUGCAACACUUACGUAUCGAUCACUGGCGAGUCAAGUCAUGGCAAGAUUUUGAUACGUUGUUGGAUAGGUGUUCAGCCACUUUGCGCGAGUUGGUUUUUAUUCAUUUGUAUCUGCCCAACCAUAUAUUCCCUCAAACAUAUAAAAUCUGUCCCAACACUAAUGUAAAGCACUUGAAAAUUGGUGCCUCCAACUUCCCUGCAGCUGCUAUCCAAUAUUUCAAGGGUAAAAUGGCUGUAUUGGAGAAUUUUGAUCUGCUUUUCGUCUCAUUUCCUGAUGGCUGUCUUCAAGAUGCUAUUGCGUGGUGGGCUCAUUUGAUGCAAUUAUGCAUGAACCUCACAUCAUAUAAUAUCAAGUUUUCGCGCUCAAGCUACUUGGAUAUUUAUAAAUUGCGCCGUUGCAUAAAAUUCUCAGCAAUCACUACAACCCAAUGGAAAAACAUCAAGAGUAAAACUGUAACUUUAUUGUUCAACGUGAACCAAGAUGGUGGCAAUGUGAUCUCAUUAUCCAAAUCAUGGUGCAAGUACGCCAUUGAUCUUGGAUUCGACAAAGUGGACUACUUGACGUUUAUCUCGCAAUGGAUGCAAAUGUAUUCACCUCAUCAUAUCCACAUUCAAGGCGAAAGCAUGGAUAGCCAAUAUCAGAUGAUCAAAGGCAUUGAUGCUACGCAAACACAGAAAGUAUCAACAGUCGCGGCAAGAUCAUUGCUCGAAAGAACAUGUAGCAAAACCAAUCUGCACAUAUUCUUUACGGCGCUCUCUUUUAUUGCAAGAAAACAUGUCGAGGUCUUACACUUUGAUAGCCUUGUGCUUUGUUACAACUACCCGCUGGCCAACAACACGCUAAACAACUUGCAAGUAUCUGAACUAAAAUUCACAAAAUCUAUAUUACAACACCAAGCCUUGGAAUGCAUAUCUAAAAUGUUUGUCAAGAUAGACAAGCUCAUGUUGGAUACAUGUUGUCUUCUCGUGGACGAUCCGUUCCAGCUCAGUGUUUGUCUUCCAUUCACAGAGAUGACUGCAUUAGAGUUAAAUAUCAACUUAUUUGUCAAUGCAACAAGUUGGUCGCCUCACAAGAAGCAGGUGUACAGUGAAUGUUGUAGCUUGGAGAACCUGAAUUUGCUGCGAGCUGUGUCUGAUGAUGGACAUUUUAUAGUCAAAAUCGAAACACAAGACAAGACGCAUGUUUUUCACAAGCAAGGUGCUGGUGACGCCAAGAAAAGCUAUAUCAAACCAGAUUAUGCUGUAGGCAAUGCAUUCACUUUUGCCAUAUUUAUCAAAUGCAAGCAAUUAAGCGAGAUGAGAAUCAAAGGCGAACAUGGACUGAAAUGGGACAUCAAGAUUGAAUAA